AAAAUAAUGUCUUUGAGCCAAAUAACAAGAAAUUCAUUUCUGUUAAUUUGUUUUUUCUUUUUAUUGUGGUAUAUAAGUAGUUCUUUUUAUUUUGAACAAAAAGAAUUAUUAUCAAAUAAAAACGAAGAAACGCUUACAGAAGUUCAUCUUACAUCACCAUUAACGUUAUCAUCAAAUACAACCAUAACUGAUGAUGAUAGAAAUCCAUUAGAAGAGCUAAACAAAAAAUACUGUGGUAAACCCACAUGCAAAUUUUUGUUUGUUUAUUCUCUUGGAGAACAAGAAACUAAAGCGAAUUUACAUUUUCGAUCAUUUAGUCAAUUGGCUGAAAAAUUAAAUCGUAUAAUGAUUUUAACAAAUGUUGGUUCUUCUCGAAUUGGUACUUGUAAUAAAUUUCCGUUUGAUUUUUAUUAUAAUACCAAUUUACUUCAAAAAGAAUUUCCUAAUGUUUUAUUUAAAUCAGAAAAUGAUUUCAUUUUUUGGCUUAAAGAACGUGAUCAAAUUAAAAGGAAGAUAAAUAAUAACGAUAACAAAGUUAUACCACCAUUAUCAAUAUUACACUCUAGCAUUAAAUUACAUCAUAAAAAUACUAAUAUGAAAACAUUUUAUGAUAAUGCAGUAACAAAUUUUGAUAAACAUGAAUGUAUUUCUAAGUUCGAACCAUUAAUGAAUACUAAAGAUUCCAAUAAUUCCAGAGUAAAAUAUACAAAAUUGUUUAUCAGAACAACUGACUUGAAAACGGAAAAAUCUCGAGUUAAAUCUUCCGAAUUACUUACUAAAGUCCUCACGAUUGAUGAAGAAAUUUUACUAGUGAAUGGAUAUGUAAUUUUUCCUUUGUUUCCUCAAAUUAUGCCAGUUAUACCUUAUAGCGAUCAUAUAUUAAAUGAAGCUCAAAAAAUAAAAGAUAAAUUAUCUUCUUCUUAUAUUGGAAUUCAUUGGAGAUUAGAACGUUCAACACCUGAAUUAUUACCAAAAUGUGUUCAAGGUCUUAUUAAAACAUUAAAUAAAGUUAUGAAGGAAGAAGGAAUUAAAAAUAUUUACUUGGCAACAGAUUAUCCCCUUUUAUCAUCAAGAUCACAAUCUAGUACAUUUAAAGAAAUCACUAAUUAUCAUCAUGAUGCUAUAAGAACAUUAAAUGAAACUUUUAAAAUAAAUACCUGGGUUUCAUUAGGAGGUCUGGAACAAUUAAGAAAAAAUGAUAAAUAUGAUAAAGAAUUAAAUGGUUCUGGGAUACAAGGAAUUUUGGAUAAACUAGUUUGUAUGAAUUCAAAUUAUUUUGUAUCGGGUCCAAAAGGUUGCUCAAGAGUUGUAUCUACAUUUACCAAAACUAUUGCGGAUGAAAGAAGAAAUAGAAUAAAAGAUAAAGACUAUAGUUUAUUAAAUAUAAUUGAUAGAUGGAGAAUUUAUUUGUAA